AUGAGUUGCGCGCUAUUGUUGAGGUGGGGGGCGUGGUUGGAUUUGGAAGCCCCCCUGCUGGUGCUGGUGGUCAAGGAUGCUCCGAAGGUUUUCAAGCCCACCUCCUCUGGCUUCGAUCCCCAACUCCUCGUGCCUCGAUCCACUACCUCCGCUCAGGCGGUGCAUUUCCAGGCAGACUCCAAGGGCUACGAGGUGCCAGUUGGAUUUCACGGCCUGGUCGGCAAGUCCUUCCGACCUCCGGAGCUCCACGAGCACAAGCCGUACUUGGCCACAAAGGUGGACUCCUGGUGUUUAGGUUGGAGUACCUUCUACUUGCUCACGGCACAGCCGCUCUUUAUGAGUGCCGAUCCGGUCCAGAAGGAUGGUGCGGAAGAUCCCAAAGAUGCCAUGGCACUGAGCAAAGGCGGUGCUUCAAAGCACAAACUUGGCAAGUACGAGGUCACACGCGGUGCUUCAAAGCACCAACUUGGCAAGUACGAGGAGGCCAUUGCGGACUUCGACAUGGCCAUCAAGCUGGAUCCCAAAUUUGCCGUGGCACUGUACAAACGCGGGGCUUCAAAGCACAUGCUUGGCAAGUACGAGGAGGCCAUUGCGGACUUUGACAUGGACAUCAAUCUGAAUCCCAAAUAUGCUUUGGCACUGGACAAACGCGGUGCUUCAAAGCACAUGCUUGGCAAGUACGAGGAGGCAAUUGCGGACUUUGACAUGGCCAUCCAGCUGAACCAGACCGUCCAACUAUUUCAAUCUCAUGGGAAUAUUGCCAAGUUGGCAGCUCAGGCAUAUUUCCACCUUGGGUAUUCCAAGCAAAUCCUUGGCAGGUAUUGGCACGCGGAGGCAAUGAAGGACUACGGCAGGGCCAGCGAGCUGGAUCCCAAGCAUGGCGAAUACCGUGACCGGUUGGUGGGAGCCACGCAAGACUCUGCUUGUUUGGGUGAUACUUGGAAGGCCGUGCUGGCACUGGGGCUAGUCGUGUUCAUUUUCCUCCGCAUUUUUUGCAGGUGGUGCAUCCGUGGUUGCCGUGGGUUGUGCAAGUUUCAUGCAGCACCUUUCAGUCGCACCAUUUCCAACCAAAUUGAGGCGGGGAAGGUGGAUUCCAAAAGCAUGCAGGCAUCCAGCAUUUAUACCAGUUCGAGGUUUCCUGAUAGCCAUGAAGCUAGCAGCUCCUCCUCUGAUUGCUCCUCAGACUCCUGGGUUCAUGUGUUCUCUCCAGACACCUGCUUCACGGUUUUGCUUCCAGAUGGGCCAGUUCUCGCACCUGCCAGCUCCUUGUAUCAGGGUGCUCAGGUUGUCGCCGCCGAGGGCCGCAUUACGGAGGUCGCUUAUCCACCGGAGCAGCAUCAAGUGCAUGCCGUCAUCGAACUCCAGGCAGGAGACACAUCCUUGGUUGUCAGCCGCGAUCACCGCAUGUGCGUUCCAGUCAGGACGGUGGAGGCGCAUGAGUUGCGAGUGGGCAGCGAAGUGAUCUUGGAUUGCUCACGAGCUACUGGCACCAUCACAUCCGUAAAGUGGAGGCACGAGCCGACCAUCGUGUUGAAGAUUGGCUUCAAACCCGACUUCCCGGUGCCGGCCUUCGCGCGCCCACCAGCCAUGCUGAGCAAAGGCUUUCGCUCAAAGCCGCUACGCCGUGGUUUGAGGAAGGCUCCAGGGACAUCUGAAGAUGCCCCGUCCAUUCCGGACACGGAGGGCCAUUUGACUCCUUGA